UCAAAAUGGCGGUGCGGCUCAGACGUGUGUGUUUGCGCUACCGCAGGAUACUCUUCGUCGCGCUGGGGAUUCUGCUUUUCCAGACUUUUAUAGCGUGGAACUUCUACACCAUCAGCCAGGAGGAAAGCGAGCGGAUACAGGAACUAAAGGACAGAAUAAAGCGCGAGUCGGAGAGCCGGCGGAAGAGAUCGCCGAGUGCCGGCUCCGUCGACUUGCGGGAAGUUUUGAAGGGUGAGGAGACCUCCACAGAACUGAAGAAGAGGAUACGUGGGAACUCCGGCACGAGAGAAAGCAAAUUUAACGACUCUCCCGACAGAAAAUCUGGAUCCAACAGUGACUUUUUACACCGUAACCCCGCCCUGGAAAACUCUGUACACAAAUAUGAUGCAGACUCUGAAAAGAAAGCGUCCAUCUGGAGGAAUUCCCCCGGGAGUAGCAAUAAGAGCAGAGACUUUUCCUACGUUCCCAAGUGUGAGAUCAAGGGGAAGGAUGCGGUGUCAGCCUUGUCUAGGGCAAAGACAGCACAGUGCAAACAGCAGCUGGCAGACACAGCAUGUCUGAUGCAGGAGGGGAAGCUGUUCCCGGAGUUCAUCCCCAGAUACUGUCCUGUAGAUGGUAAACCUGCACACAAGGUGCCCAUGGAGGAGGACUAUUUCCUACAUGGUCGAACUCCUGUCAGGAUUGCCUUUGUCAUGGUGGUACACGGGAGGGCCAUCAGACAGGUCAAGAGGUUACUCAAGGCCAUCUACCACCAGGACCACUACUAUCUCAUCCAUGUGGAUAAGCGGUCCCACUACCUGCACAGGGAGCUGCAGGAGGCCUUCCGACCGUACCACAACAUCCGCUUCACGACGUGGCGCAUGUCCACCAUCUGGGGCGGGGCCAGCCUGCUGCAGAUGCUGCUGCGCUGCAUGAACGACCUCCGCGCCAUGUACGACUGGAAGUGGGACUUCUUUAUCAACCUGAGUGGUACCGACUACCCCACCAAACCCAUUGACCAGCUGACAGCCUUCUUGACUCUCCAUCGUGAGGAAAACUUCCUCAAGUCUCACGGCAGGGAUGACAACAGCGCUAAAGCAACGACAUCGGGAAGUCGAAGUGAACCGUACCGUAAUCACAGGUUCAUCAAGAAGCAGGGGUUGGAUCGGGUGUUUUACGAGUGCGACACGCACAUGUGGCGACUCGGGGACCGCAAGAUUCCCGAGGGAAUCCUCAUCGAUGGCGGCAGCGACUGGGUGGCGCUGAACCGCGCCUUCUGUGACUAUGUCACGUCGUCUGACGACGAACUGGUCACAAGUUUGAAACACUUCUACAAGUACACACUUCUUCCUGCAGAGUCGUUCUUCCACACAGUGCUGGAGAACAGUGCCAUGUGCCUGUCCAUGGUAGAUAACAACCUGCGCAUCACCAACUGGAACCGUAAGCUGGGCUGUAAGUGUCAGUACAAGCACAUUGUGGACUGGUGCGGCUGUUCACCCAACGACUUCAAACCUGAUGACUUCCACAAACUACAGACCAACAGGCCGACAUUCUUUGCUCGUAAGUUUGAGGCUGUGGUAAACCAGGACGUCAUCAACCAGCUCGACUUCUUCCUGUACAACGAUCUAACAGCAUCCUCGCCCGGAAUCAACAGUUACUGGGAGAGUUUCUUCCAUCACAAGGAUCCCCACGAUAAACACACCGACACCUACAGGACACAUCUGGAGGCGUUCGCUCGCAUGGCGCAGCUGUCGCUACAGAGCGCCGUGUCGCAGUACGGGAAACGGAUGGAACAGAAGUGUCUGUACACGGUCAUCAGUCCGCCGCGGGAAGGCAGUAUCUACAUGCGCGGGGACCAGCUGCGAGGGCUGAUCGUCACGUUUGAUGUGGAGAGUGACGGAGGGGAGGAGACGUUAGAAGUGUGGGUGGUGCCCAGGAACAUGUACAAAAUGGUCAACCCCACGGGACCAAUAGGGAGGCUUCUAAGUCUAGAGGUUGGGUCAGAAUGGGACCUGAAAGAGCGCAUCUUUCGCAACAUGGGGCGUCUGAUUGGCCCACACGACAGCCCCACCGUCAUCCAGAGGUGGAGCAAGUCGGACGGCGCCAACUUCAUCGUCUCCAUCGUUUGGGUGGAUCCCGCCAACACCAUCGCCGCUUCGUACGACCUAACCGUAGAACCGGACGCGGAAUUCUCCUACCACACCCCUCCCUUCCAGAAACCAUUAAAACCGGGGGCGUGGCACGUCUACCUCUUACACCAUUGGAAGGUCGUGGCUGAGACUGCGUUUCUGGUCUCACCGAUGGCUUACAAAAACAACAGGCCUAUCAGCGCAGCCGAAGCCGCUACCACUCACGCGGGACCCUCCAACGGGACGUACAUCGACAGAGACUUCGUCAGCCUUAACAGCUUUCUAAAACUCAAAGAUGUGGAAAAGUUAGCGGCGGCGGCGAGGAUGAAUAGUUUGAAAGCGGGGCGGGAGUUGGAAGGCUGGAUUGAUCAGCUCGUGUCGGAGUUCUGGUCGGUGGCGGACGUCUGUUCCGUGGCACCCUUCCCAACAUGCAAUAUGGUGAAACAGUGCCAAGUGACGACGUGGAGCAGUUUCUCACCGGACACCAAGUCUCAGCUGGGGCCAGUCAUGCCAGACGGCAGGAUUAGGUGACACACAGGGGCAUCUAGUCCUGCCCAGUCAGACUAGACUACAAAUUUGCCAUUUUGUAUCCUUCUCCAGGAGAUUUCAAUUCUAGUUUGUUUAGUCUAAACUUAACCCCUGCAAGCUGACAGAAGAGUGUCAUGGAAUUAAAUAUUAUCAGCAUCAAGUCAUAGAUCAAUUCCAAUUUUACUGUAUACAUGUCAACUUUUUGAUAGCUACCACAUUUUGUGCUGUAGUAAGAUUAGAAAUGCUAAAGAAAUAUAAUUUUUUUAUCAUAUAAGUUUUCAGAACAUGUUCAGAACAAAUUGCCCUCGGACUACUAUGUGAUCUGUAAAAUUCCCAUCACCUAUCACAAAGACAGACACAAAGACUCAGAUGGAUAUAUUUUUAAUGAUUUUUUUUUGUCAUUCAGAUACAUUGUAUCCACCUGCUAAACAUUUUGCUUUUAUGAAUAUGAUCCAAGGCACUGGUGUGUACCAGAAAUAGGUUUGACCUGUUCAGAUUUUAUCUUGCUAUAAUUGAUUUGAACCAAGAAUCUAUAUUUUUGCAUUUUUCCCGCUUUUUUGCUGUUACUUAGUAGCAUUUUGUAACACAUGAAAAUAAUGUUUGUAGCGUGUGUUUGUAGAAUAAUGGCUCAUUAAUUUUCAGCCCCAGCAAGUUGAAUUUCUAUCAUUUUAAUGAUACGUUCUGAGUAUUAUUUGCAGCCAGUAGGUACCCAAUUUUUUUUAGUUAUGAGGCUGAUUUAUGUGCUCGAGGAACAUCCUAGAAAACAGGAUCCCCGUUUUACAUCCCUUCCACAAGACGAA